GCGCACUUUCCGAGAUUCAGAGGGAACACCGCAAACAUGCGGUCCAUAUGGCUACCCUAAGAGCGCAUGUGCGAAAGAUGGCAGAUGCCCGAAAGGAUAAGAUGGGACCCCAGUGGUCCCAAUGGGUCACUCGGGCCGUUCACAAACUGGCAGACGAUGGUAUCCUGGACACACACGACGCUCAGGGGAACGUCGCCUUCACUCCAGAUGCCAAGAAGACCAUCACCGCUAUCCGUCGCGAUUCUCUCGGGCCGGGCGUCGUUCCUUCGGCCAAUCUUGAGCAGAAGAUCUGGAAGGACGUUACCCGAAGAUUCUCUACCGUUGGUGUCAAGCGUCCGAGGCGAAUGUCGGGCGCUGCUGGUCACGCAGAUGAGGAUGGCGGGGAAGGGAGGCCACGGAAGAGACGCGCCCGCAAGUCUUUGUCGAGUUUCACAAAGGCUGAGCUUGAGGCCGAACUCCGAGCAGCACUUCAGCAGCUUGAGGAAAGCGAAGAAGCUGACUCUGCAGAGCAGGAAGACGUUGUCGCUCUCCGCGAAGAGCUGAAACUGCGAGAGCAAGAAGUCGAUGAACUGCGUGAUGAAGUCGCGCGUCUCAAGACGCAGAGUGAGCACGAUGCAAGAAGAGUCACAAUCGGCACGUCAAUGCGUCUAGUCACUCCACCACCCACUGAACGACUAGCACCGUCUUCAGCGGGUUCUGGUCGCCCAGCUACCACUUAUCGUGUCGGCGCCCCCAUGCAUGGCGUCACUCGUACGCUAUCAGGCUCCUUGAUUUCCAACCUCACCCGGCGGCCGACUCCUGAGCCGAGUGAACCUGGCUCCCAAUAUGCCGAGAUCGAGGGAUUGGUCUUCGACGAUGUCCAAGAUGACGAUGACUUUUCUUCGCUCAGCAGCGUCCAUGGACACGACGAUGCUGUCUCCGAUUUCACACCACGUAAAGUCGGAUUGGAGACAAGCCAAUCAACCUCCAACCUCAUGGCGCAUGACAUGGAAAGCGCGACAAAGCACCACGAGACAGACGCGCAUAUCGAAGAGAUCGCAGCGUUGAAGAAAGAGCUGCAGGCACACGUCAUGCAACUCUCGCAAGUCCGCGGUGAACACCAGCGGCUUCUCGAGGAACGCGAUUCACUACGCAGUUCCGCUGCCUCCCGAGAACUCCAGCUCGCGGAUCUCACCGCUCAGCUUCAAUCGCGAACUGCCACCCUCCAGGACACCCAGUCGCUUCUUGUGAAACUGGAGGCAACUCUCCAGACCGAGAGGACGGAGGGUAUCGAUGUCCGAUCUGCUCUUCAAAUCUCGCAAGCAGCACUAGAAGCUGAACGAGAACGAACUCGCUCCCUCGAGACGAGGCAUUCAUCAGUUCAAGAGGAACUUUCUUCUGCGCAGUCUGCGUUGAAGACACUUCAGCAGACCAUGGAGACGUUCGAAUCUUCGCACGAUCAGACUAGGUCAGAGCUCCAGCAGACGAAGACGCUCCUGGCUUCUGCUCAACGGGAGCUUGCUGAGGCCUUGCGAGCAAUUGAGGCUGGUGUCGUCUCACAGCAGACACUGACUGAUCAUGCCAGGGGUCUUGAGCUGUAUCUCAAGCAGUACUUGGCGCAGACGUCUGCACUCGUCGCCGAUAAGGAGAACUUGGAGCGGACUGCGGAGGCUUUGCGCGACACCGUGGACCAGCUGCGCACGGAUCUCACACGAGCUGAAGACGAUGUUGCGUCCACUACCACACGGCUCAAGCAAUCUCAGGACGUCAUCGACGAGCUCCGCGCGUCGCGGGAGCAGGCCCAGCUGGACGCAGCUGCUUCUACGCGAGAGGCCACCUCAUUGAAGGUUACCGUUUCGGAGCUCGAGUCCAGUCUUGGCAGUCUACGUUUCCAGCUAGAGGAUUCGUUGGCCGAAACGGCUCGCUUGCGUGGACAAUUAGAAGCAGAGCAGAGCUCCCGUCGGACGGUCGAAUCUGUGCUCUCCGCAACCAAGGCCAGUCAUGACAAACUCGUCUCUGAGAUGGCCGAGAAGGCUCUGCGUAUGACUUCCGUCGAAGAAGAACUCAAUCAGACGCGACGUGCCUUGGAUGACACUCGCUGCCAGGUGGAGGUGUUGAAGAAAGAGCAUGAGAGGGAUGCCGCCGCUCACGCUGAAGCUUUGGAGGCUGCACGCGUCAAAGCUGCGGACUUCCGAAUCCAACUCGACGGGCUUCGGUCUCAAAUCACUAGCCUCUCAGGCGAGUUGCGAUCGGUCUCCUCGGCGAAGGACAGCCUGUCGACUAGGCUGGAGGAGGAGGUUGCGCGCUCCGCUCAGCUUCAGGAGGACCUUGCCAUCGCCCGCGACGACGUCCAGGAUGCAGAGGAAGAGAUCUUGGAGUUGAGAGAGGCCAAAGCUGCUGAUGAAGCAAGCAUCCAGAGCCUGAAAGCUGGACUAGCGCGCCUUCGUCAGUUGCAGAUGGAUGCGUUAGACGAAGUUGACAAUAAGAUGGUUUCCGCCCACAGUGCGCCCAUCCCGGGACAUCGCCGUCGGAGUAGUAUAGCGUCUCGGCAGAGUAUAGGCCAGCGAGCGUAGGUUGUACAAUGUCAUGAUUAGGAACGAUUGACAAUUAC